CUUGGUUGCUACGGUAACGCGUCAGCUCCCGGGGAGCCGGUGGAGGCGCCUGCAGCUGAAGCGGUGGCAGAGAUGCCACUAAGCACAGGGGAUGCCUCAAGCUCUGCUUCCACCGCUUCCAACCGGUCACGGAACAGGACUCGCUAUCGUACUAAAGCCAUGAACUCGGAGGUAGAUGAGAGCCUUUUCGGAGGUGUCAAGCCUCCGCCCCAGGGCAAGAGUGACAGCCCUAUCGUGCUGCUCCGAGAUAAACAUGCUGUCCGGAAAACUCUCACUGCUCUGGGCUUGGACCACAAGCCAGAGACAAUCCAGCUCAUCACCCGAGACAUGGUUCGAGAACUCAUUGUUCCCACAGAGGACCCCUCUGGGGAAUCCCUAAUCAUCAGCCCUGAGGAGUUUGAGCGGAUCAAAUGGGCAUCCCAAGUCCUCACCAAAGAAGAGUUGGAGGCCAGAGAACAGGCCUUCAAGAAGGAGAAGAAAGCCAUCUUGGAAGCAGUGACAAUCCGCAAGAAGAUCAUGAAGCAGAAGGAAAUGGCCUGGAGCAACAACAAGAAGCUGAGUGACCUGGAGGAGGAGGCCAAGGAGCGGGCCCAGAACCUUCUGGAGAGAGCCAACAAGCUUCGCAUGGAGCAGGAAGAGGAGCUCAAGGACAUGAGCAAGAUUAUUCUGAAUGCCAAGUGCCACGCAAUACGGGAUGCCCAGAUCCUGGAGAAGCGGCAGAUACAAAAGGAACUGGAAGCAGAGGAGAGACGGCUGGAUGAGAUGAUGGAAGUAGACCGGCAGAAAUCCCUUCAGAGGCAGAAGGACCGGGAAAGGAUGAGGAAGGAAGAGAUGACCCGGGGAAAAAGGCACAUCUUGGAACAGAUAAAAAAGAAUGAAGAGGAGAGAUCACUGCUUGCUGAACAUCGUGAACAGGAGAAGGAGCAGAUGCUAGCAUAUCUGGAAAGGCUCCAGGAGGAGGAUUUGCAGGAUCUGGAACGGAGGCAUCAGGAAAAGCUGAAGAUGCAAGCUGAAAUUAAACGCAUCAAUGAUGAAAAUCAGAGACAGAAGGCAGAGCGGCUGGCACAGGAGAAACUGGCAGAGCAGACGGUGAUGGAGUUCACCAGGAAGAAGAUGGCUCGAGAGGCAGAGUUUGAGGCUGAGCAGGAAAGAAUCCGGAGGGAGAAGGAGAAGGAGAUUGCCCGCCUGAGGGCCAUGCAGGAGAAGGCCCAGGAUUACCGAGCAGAGCAGGACGCCUUGCGGGCCAAACGCAACCAGGAGGUUGCAGAUCGAGAAUGGCGGCGAAAGGAAAAGGAAAACGCGCAAAAGAAGAUGGAGACAGAGGAAAAGCUGCGCAAAAGCCGGCUGGAGCAGGUGGCUUUCAAGGAACACACGCUGGCCGUUCAAGUGCAACGAGACCGAGACGAGUUCGAGAGGAUCCUUCGGGCUCAGAGACAGCAGAUCGAGAAGGAGAAGCUGGAGCAGGAGAAAAAGGCCACAGGGUGCCUGCAGCAUGCCAAUGAGCUCCGGCGGCAGGUGCGUGAGAAUCAGCAGAAGCAGGUGCAGAACCGGCUGGCUACCUUCGAAGAGGGCCGGCGCCUCAAGGAGGAAGCCCAGAAGCGCCGUGAACGCAUUGAGGACAUCAAGAAGCAAAAGCUGGAAGAGCUGAGAGCAACCGGCCUUCCCGAGAAAUACUGCAUCGAAGCUGAGCGCAAAGCCAACAUCCUGCCAACCACUUCUGUGAACUGAACGGGAGACGCUAUGGGCUUUGGGAGGACAUGGGUUCUGCCCAGUCCUUGGGGCAUCCGCAGUUGCUGCUAAUCUAGACAUUUCCUAGUUACAGAUUAAAGCUAUUCUAUUCUCCGA